CCCCGCCCCCGGGCCUCGCAGUCGCCGCCGACGCUGCUCUCCGGCCGGGAGUCGCCAUUUUGCUCCUGGAGACGCCGCUUGGGGACCGGCGCUUGCUUCCUCCGGCAGCUGAGGCUGCGGCGGGGCCCGGGGCUGGGGUCGGGGCCAGGAGGAAUUUUGUUGUCAGAGACUAAAAGGAGGUUGUCGUAAUUGCCCUUGAACAGCACACAGUAAAACACUGAGCUCUUCAGCUCCACCUUUCUUGGUCUGAGAAUUGGGAAACCAAGAAGGUUUGAUGUUUUGUGUCGCGCCGCCUGAAUUAGAAGCCACAAUGAACGUGACCAAAGGAGGUCUGGUGUUGUUUUCAGCAAAUUCUAAUUCGUCGUGUAUGGAGCUUUCCAAGAAAAUUGCCGAGCGACUGGGGGUGGAGAUGGGCAAGGUGCAGGUUUACCAGGAGCCCGACAGAGAAACAAGAGUGCAAAUUCAAGAGUCUGUGCGGGGGAAGGAUGUUUUCAUCAUCCAGACUGUUUCAAAGGACGUCAACACCACCAUCAUGGAGCUGCUGAUCAUGGUGUACGCCUGCAAGACCUCCUGCGCCAAGAGCGUCACCGGCGUGAUCCCCUACUUCCCCUACAGCAAGCAGUGCAAGAUGCGCAAGCGGGGCUCCAUCGUCUCCAAGCUGCUGGCCUCCAUGAUGUGCAAAGCCGGUCUAACUCAUCUCAUUACUAUGGAUUUACACCAAAAGGAAAUUCAGGGCUUCUUCAAUAUUCCUGUUGAUAAUUUAAGAGCAUCUCCGUUCUUGUUACAGUAUAUUCAGGAAGAGAUCCCGGACUACAGGAAUGCGGUGAUCGUGGCCAAGUCUCCAGCCUCGGCCAAGAGGGCACAGUCCUUCGCCGAGCGGCUGCGGCUGGGCAUCGCGGUGAUUCACGGAGAAGCGCAGGACGCGGAGUCGGACCUGGUGGACGGCCGGCACUCGCCGCCCAUGGUCAGGAGCGCGGCGGCCAUCCACCCCAGCCUGGAGAUCCCCAUGCUGAUCCCGAAGGAGAAGCCUCCCAUCACGGUUGUCGGCGACGUGGGAGGAAGGAUUGCCAUCAUCGUGGAUGACAUCAUCGAUGACGUGGACAGCUUCCUCGCGGCGGCGGAGACCCUGAAGGAGAGGGGCGCCUAUAAGAUCUUCGUGAUGGCGACCCACGGCUUGUUGUCCUCCGACGCCCCCCGGCUCAUUGAGGAAUCUGCCAUCGACGAGGUGGUGGUCACCAACACAAUUCCGCAUGAAAUCCAGAAGCUCCAGUGCCCCAAGAUCAAAACGGUGGACAUCAGCAUGAUCCUCUCGGAGGCCAUCCGCCGGAUUCACAAUGGACCCUGCGCCUUCUUGACACAUAGUCACUUGACUGCAGCAGGAGAGGAAUCGGAGCACCAGCUGUGAGCCGCUGGGGGCAGGGCUUUAAGGAAGUGUGAUGCCUCCCUAGCUGACGAGUAGGCUGACUGUACAGAAAUAUCAUUUGCCACAAACAGAGAAUACAGACUACAAACUCAGGCUGGGAAAAGCCAACAAGCAAACAAACCCCGUGGAGAGGGUUGAAAAUCUGAUUUCCAGAAUUUCACAUUAUAGUGUUAAAAAUACUGGUUUUCAACAACAACAACAAAUUCCAAGGCAUGUAACCAAACAAGAAGUUUGGGCCCAUACGCAGGUCCUUCCUUGAGGAAGCUGAGAUGUUAGACUUACUGGACGAAGACUUUUAAAUCAACUAUUUCAGAUAUACUCAGAGCUAAAGAAAACCAUCGAAAAUUAUGCCUCACCAAAUGAAGAAAAUCAAUGAAGAGAAAUACUAGAAGGGAACCAAACAGAGGGUUUGAAGAAGGUGGAGUAGGACGAACCAGGCAUCCGUCUCUUCACCCAGAUAGUUGCAGUGGCAAAUCCAUCUGAUGAUUUUGGAACGCUGGAGUCUAUUGAAGGCUUGCAACUUCCAGGGGAAGUGUUGGGCAGUAGAUUGCAGUUAGUUUUGGUCAAAUCCAGCUCUUGCUACAGGUGCAGAUAGCCAGCCUCCACUCCCAGCCCGUUGGCAGACAGCUGUGCCCAUGUUCCUGGAGCAGUCUGACAAGCUCAUGGGAACCAGGGUAAGCAAAAAGCAAAAUCCCUCAAAUGGCAGGGAUCAGUGCCCUGACAACUAAUAGCUGCUUCUGAUCACAGAGGUGCAAAGAGGUACCAUUUUUGCAAGCUCCUCCUCCCUCCAGCUGAAGAGGGAGUACUUCCCAACUCAUUGUAUGAGGACAGCAUUGCCUAGCACAAAAACCAGACCAAAGCACUACAAGGGAAAAAAAAAAAAACAAAGACCAAUCUCUCAAGAACAUAGGUGCAAAAAUCCACAACAAAUUAUUAGCAAAUCAUUUCCAACAGUAUGUAAAGAAUUAUGUGUAACCAAGUGGGUUCAGGAUAUACACAGCUGUGUCAGCAUUUGAAAAUCAACUUGUGGAGUUCCCAUGAUGGUGCAGCGGAAACCAAAUCUGACUAGGAACCAUGAGGUUGCAGGUUCGAUCCCUGGCCUCACUCAGUGGGUUAAGGAUCCAGCAUUGCUGUGAUCUGUGGUGUAGUUUGUAGACAUGGCUCGGAUCUGGCAUGGCUGUGGCUGUGGCGGAGGCUGGUGCCUGCAGCUCCAGUUAGACCCCUAGCCUGGGAACCUCCAUAUGCCGCGGGAAGCGGCCCUAGA